GACUCCUGUUCGUACCGUCCUGCCUACCGUUAAAACCACUAAUUUGAUAGCUAAGUCAAGUAAUCAACCACUCGUUCAAGCCAAAAGAAGUCGAGAGAGAGAGAGACGAACAGAGACCUUCCAUGGAGUCUCCGUUCAAGCCGGAGUUGCUGAAGGGGAAUGUGGCUUUGAUAACCGGAGGAGGGUCAGGGAUUGGCUUCGAGAUCUCCACCCAGUUCGGGAGACAUGGCGCCGCCGUCGCCAUCAUGGGCCGCCGGCGCAACGUCCUCGACGCUGCCGUCGCCGCCCUCCAAUCGGAGGGGAUUCAGGCAAUUGGGCUUGAGGGGGAUGUUCGUAAGCGGGAGGAUGCAACCAGGGUAAUUGAAACAACAGUUAGACAUUUUGGAAAGCUUGAUAUUCUUGUUAAUGGGGCGGCAGGCAAUUUUCUUUCAUCGCCAGAGGAUUUAUCACCAAAUGGGUUCCGAACAGUGCUGGACAUUGAUUCUGUUGGCACUUAUACAAUGUGUCAUGAAGCUCUAAAGUAUCUAAAAAGAGGAGGGCCUGGAAAAGAUCCUUCUACCAGUGGCCUUAUUCUGAACAUAAGUGCAACUCUGCACUAUACGGCAUCUUGGUACCAAAUUCAUCUGUCUGCAGCCAAGGCAGCAGUUGAUAGUAUUACGAGGUCGUUGGCCCUAGAAUGGGGUACUGAUUAUGAUAUAAGGGUCAACGGGAUUGCACCAGGACCAAUAGAAGGCACUCCUGGACUAAGAAAGCUUUACCCAGAAGAGAUGACGUCUAAAACACGAGAAUACAUGCCUCUAUUUAAAUUUGGAGAGAAAUGGGAUAUAGCGAUGGCUGCUCUGUACCUGGCUUCUAAUGCAGGUAAAUAUGUUAAUGGAACUACUAUGGUUGUUGAUGGAGGCUUCUGGCUAAGCCACCCUCGGCACAUCCCGAAGGAGGAAGUUAAAGAGCUAUCAAGGGUCGUAGAGAAGAAGUCAAGGACAUCACGUGUUGGUGCUCCAACCAGCAAGCUUUGAUGGAUGUUAUCUUUCUUCAUCUGAACUCUGUCCUUGGCUAUCAGACUGAGGGUGCUCUUCAUGUAUCUGGUUAUAUUUGGCCUUGUUAGACAUCCAUAAAAUCCAGGCACAAUGGAGAGGAAUAAAAAUAUAAAAAAACCUCCUUUCAUGGCUGAUGGAAUGGUGACAGCAGUGGGAAUCACACUGAAUGCUAGGUGAGUGGAUUAACUCAUGAACGUGGUUUAUUUUAUGCCACAUGGUGCAGUCACGGCCAAAAAUGGCAGGUCAUGGCAUUCUUAUAUGUCCACUCUUGCAUUAGAGACUCUUCCAUCCUAACCUCAUAGCAACUAACAAGAGAAAUAUGGAAGAGUAAGAGUUGAAAAAGACUAGAUUUAACAAAGAAUAUAUUGCUGAUCAUAUAGGGGAUCUACUCUAUGGAUGACUGUAAGAGAUAUUUCUUCUGAAUUAUUAGAUAUUUUAUUUUCAGAUGCUUA